UCAAUGUAGAACAUUUUCAGACGACACAAGCACGGGCUGGUGGGACUCGGCCUUAGAGUCCUGCGUAACCGCUUCAGCUAAACGGAACAACCUGGACUUGUGUGGAACACUGUUCCAGAAGUGCCAUAGCGAGAGGGCCUGCGAGCGCGUUUUAGUUCCAUUGCUGAGACACUCAUCGACCGACAUCUGUGAGAGAUUCCUAGCGUCAGCGCUAGACCGGAUCCUAGGUAACCUGAAGAAGGGACCUAAAGGCAAACCUGCGCAUCCUAGCUAUAGGAAAUCCUGGGAGGAGUACAUGAUCAGUCUCUAUUUAUUGCUGGUCGCUUUCGAAAAGCUUCCCACGUCAUCUUUAGAAUCGCCAUCAUCAGUAUUAUACAGUGCGACCACUAACGCUACACCCUGGCACCUUGUGAGGGAAACAUGCAGUUGGUGCCAUCAGCUCAGAGAGCGAUUACACCGCCCUAUGCCAGAUGAUCAACUCUACACUAUGUACAGAAAGCUCCAAUGCCUGAUAUACAACGUGAUGUGUGCUGCCAUCUGCCGGCGGCGGCCGGCGGCGCCUCUAUACGAACAGCUGCUCGGUACAGACGCGUUACAGAGAAUAGUGGAUGAGAAGGAGCAAUAUGUGCUACCUAUUCGCGCUAGCUGGACGCAGCGCACCAAAUCACUCCCCGUGGCGGUCCCGCUCGAGCCCAGCACGCUGUCUCCCUCGUACACACAGCGCUCGCGUAUCUUCCUUCGCACUCUCUCCGAGGAUCCCAUGCUGUUCGAUCUACACUCCAGUGUGGAAGAACAAGUGGAGGUACAAGACAUAUCCCUCGUAGAGACGCCACUGAACUGUCACCCUUGUGCCGGCACGCUCACGGCGUUACUACGCCACGCGGCUGGCGUGUCGACGCUGGCGUCACUAUGGCGUGCUCUGGCGUGUUUACUGGCUGGGACAUCGGGAAAGAAUCUCAAGUGGCUCCUGGCUCAGGUGAUCUGCAACUGUAAAGAGGAGUUGAAGCCGCAAGCUACAGUUCUGCUCCCUGGUUUGCUCGCCGUGCUCGCCUCCGUUGAGGAGGGGAAGUUUAUGAACGGACUGCAUUUAGACGUACUCGACACCAUACUAUACUGGAAGGAAGCCAUCACCAGCGAAGACCUGAACAUCAUCACCCACCACCUCAUCAGAACGUGUAUGGAAAAUCGCCGUAAAAACGUGUUCGACGGCUUGCUUAGGACUCUGCAGGCGUUCUUGGAGUUGUAUGGGACCAUACAAGUCGAGUGGAAUAGUUUUGAGGCGUAUUAUGAAGAUCCACACCACGACACACAAAAGGCAUUAUUCAAAGUAAUCAAAACUAUAUCGAAAACCAAAUACAUACCCACAGUGCUAUCAAAAAUAGUGGCAAAAUUAGACACAGACCCCUCAAAUGUGUCCGAAUGUUUCGGGCUGGCCAUGGCGUGUGGCAUACCUAGCGAAAAGGGACCAGCGUUGGGAGAGUUUAGGAGAUAUUUGGAGAAGUGUAGCGGUAUCACGAGUUAUGUCCGUGUGCUUUAUUAUGCCUCUUUGGGAUGUGCUGAAUGCUGUGGCGAACAAGAGUUCAGGAAAAUAGCGGACUACGUAACCAAAGUGAUCUCUUCCGACCGAGCCAAGUGCCUCCACAUACUGUCAUGCUACCUGUCGCGCGGACGCCGCAGCGAAUACGUCGUGGACAUGUUCGAUACGAUAGACCUGCCUGACAUGAUCGACAAGGACCAGAAAGGACGCCGCAGCGAAUACACCGUCAUGUUUGAUACGAUAGACCUGCCUCACAUGAUCGACAAGGACCAGAAAGGUAAUACAUUACUGACCAAACUGCCUUCAGUCUGUAGUGACAUACUGCGUUACCUGUCGCGAGGACGCCGCAGCGAAUACGUCGUGGACAUGUUCGAUACGAUAGACCUGCCUCACAUGAUCGACAAGGACCAGAAAGCUCUGCUGUUAGUAAAACACGGGUUGCCCCUGAUGGAGGACGCGAUGAAGAGGCGCUGCGUGGCCCAGAUAGCCGCAUUAAAGCCAGCCACUGCAAAGGUUAGAAAACUCGUGGUGGAAGUCAUGCAGAAGGCUUACGAAGAACUCUUCACCACGCCACCACAGCCACCAGCCAAGCGACAGAAGACAGACUCUACCCCCAUCCUCAGCGUGAUCCGAGAUGACGUAUACACCAACAGUGUACUGACUUGCCUCGGAGUGUGCGCCGUGGACGCGAGCGAGGAAGUCGCGGAGGCUGCGAGAGACGCUUUAGAGGCAAAUUUAGAUAAGGAUCUUGGCGCAAGAUUUGCAGAAUGCUUCUUAUUGGCCGUAUACUUACCCGCACACACGGACAAGCCGCCGGACGUGUGUGUGUGCGUGUCGGCAUUACUAGGCAUGCUGUUCGGCGGGGUGCGGGGCGCGGAGGGGUUCAAGGAGAUACGGCUGAGAGAGGAGCCGCUACCAGUCAGAGACGAACCAGGGUCGAGAUUACUGACGCUGAGCAAAACGUUCCAAGGCACGUUUGGGAGCUACAGCGCGACGAGGGGACGGACACGCACACGAGGCAGUCCCAGUACUGCCAGAUCAGACGCUAACAAUUCGGCGAUUGACGUUCAAAUAUCAAUCGAUAGUAUGCUGCAAACGCUGCUGGAUUUCGCUAAGACAUCAACCGAUGCAGCUCGCUCCCUACUCACAGAAGUUCUACGCUCCGUUCUCUCAAACACUAAAUUCGAUGUGGCGUCUACACUAGUCCCACUGUUGGGCACAUUGCUGGGCAGAGAGCCCACGGACCUCACGCCGAUGUAUAUAGACGUGUGCAGAGUUUUAGAGGGGAAAGUGGGCCUUCUGGCCCCUGUGGAGAGGCUCCGGGCGCUUACAUCUGGCUCAGAAGGCGCUGCCCUGACGAGACUUUUGUAUGAAGAGGUCGCCAUGAGGUGUUUGGGAGACGCCAUGUUCCUACUAGGACAACCAGAGGACAUCCAAGAUGUGGUUAUGAAUGAUGCAUCAACAUUUUCCAUUGAAGACCUGAAAAACGCUUUUGGGAAACUAUCGAAUUGGGAUGAUCUUACCCUGCAACAACGGAGAGCGGUUAGAGGCACCCUUCCCCCCCUCUGGACCGACAGGAGGGGUUUCAACACCUUACUGGACUCCUAUCAAGUGCCAGAAAACGCGGGGAGCUGGUUUGACAAGAUGGCCGCCGCGUUUAAACAACGAUCUGUCAACUCUUGGCGUUGGCUGCGAAAAGCUGACCAGUGGCCGCGGAGGCACUUCGAAAUAUCCGCCAUAACAGAGGCGUUGUCAUGGCAACACGACCCUACCGAAACUAUGCCCUCACAACUCUUCAAGACCUCAGACUGCCUCGCAGAAUGUGCGGCCAGACUCAUGAUCAGAUCAUCAUAUUACAACUCGAUUCAUCUUAGCGAACGAGAUGACAAGACUAGCAAGCUGUCCCGCUCGCACGAGUUGAGAUGGUGCAUGCGAGCGAACGAGAUGGGCAUACCGAACGUAGCGCUGCAAUGCGUCGAGAGGUACGUAGAAGACCUUAGCGGGGUCGAGACUCUGGCUUGGUUGAGACAGAAGCUACUAGCGCUCCGGCAAACGGCGCUAGAGCGGGAAAACUCGGAACUUUUGCGGGACGUCCUGAACAAAGCGGAAAAGUACACUCCACAAUUCCCGAGCGAUCCUUCAGUGUGUAUAGAAAUGUACCAUCUGACGCUGCUCCUUCGAAGCGAUUUAAAUUCGCUUCAGCACCACGAUUUGCAGUCAAUACUGGUGGCGGUCGACCGGUCGUCCUCACAGGUUGACUGGGGCACGUGCUCCAAAGAGGCCGUAAGCUCGGUUUUCGAAAUAGCCGUGGGUCACUAUGAUAAAGUACUGGAAACAGGUACAACAGACACGGAAAAUGCUCUAUCAAACAUGUCUGCAGUGGUCUCUCGCGCGGCCGCUCUCAACACGCCCAGGACUGACAUGUUGCUAGCUGUUCUACUGAACAGGCUGAACGGGUUCCAAGGACAACUAGACAUUGAGACAGCACGAGAUUUGUUAGAAAAGGUAAGAUGCUCUAUCAAACAUGUCUGCAGUGGUAUCUCGCGCGGCCCUCUCAACACGCCCAGGACUGACUUGUUGUUAGCUGUUCUGCUGAACAGGCUGAACGGGUUCCAAGGACAACUAGAAAUUGAGACAGCACGAGAUUUGUUAGAAAAGGUAAGAUGCUCUAUCAAACAUGUCUGCAGUGGUAUCUCGCGCGGCCCUCUCAACACGCCCAGGACUGACUUGUUGUUAGCUGUUCUGCUGAACAGGCUGAACGGGUUCCAAGGACAACUAGAAAUUGAGACAGCACGAGAUUUGUUAGAAAAGUUGGCUCCUAUACUACCCGCUCUGGACGCGUUCUCCCUCGAGCUACUAGAGAAGAACACGUAUAAGUUCCCACCAGAGGUCCAACGGACCUUAACCGCCAUGUUGCCUAAGGAUGCCAGCUUGGAGAAAUACAGGAGGUGCCUGCAGCUGGUCUGUGACCCCAACCACUUGCUGACACACUAUUGUGAGGAGCUAGUGAUUGCCGUGAGAAGCAAAGAUGGCAGCCGUUGGAAGAGUACGUUGGACAGAAUGAGAGAGAAGAUAUUUGAUAACCCGUACGCCGGACCGAGCUACAACUUGCUCGACAAAUACAAGGACGAUUUGUAUGGAAUGUAUGAAUUCGAGCCAACAUCUGAAUUCGCUUCCCGCGCAGAAACCAAGCUAAAAUCUAUCGUCACGUCCAUAAGAAGGGAUCCUCAAUCAACCCUGAGACUGUCGGACCUCUGCCCAACACUACUCAGACCUCUGGACGAGGGGGUCGAGAGGUGGUUCGGCUUGCGAGGGGUUAAGAUCGUCAAGUUUUAUGACAAGGUGCAAGUAUUCACGGACUCCAUCCGCCGCCCCGUUGUCAUAUCCAUGUUGCUGUCGUGUGGACGCACACAUCGCGUCAUACAGAAGACGGGCGAGCCGCUCGCACGCGACGCGGCGUCACAACGCGUCGCGAGCGUCGCGUCACGGGGGAGUGGUUAUAGUGUGACGUUGCUGGACGAAGAAAGCGCCCUCAUCGAGUUUCUAGAAGGCCACGAACGACUGAGGUCUAUGAUUGCUACCACUUGUAACUUAGAUGUGCUACACGGCGUGAGUCGCCCGGCCGACGCUCUCCUGGCGGAGUCGCCAGUAGCCAGCUUACAAGCGCACGAACAACUCUGCGCGAAGGUUCCCGCAACUGCUCUAAGUGCUACACGGCGUGAGUCGUCCGGCCGACGCUCUCCUGGCGGAGUCGCCAGUAGCCAGCUUACAAGCGCACGAACAACUCUGCGCGAAGGUUCCCGCAACUGCUCUAAGGUAGAUAGUUGUAACGUUGAAUGUUGCUCCACAGUGCUACACGGCGUGAGUCGUCCGGCCGACGCUCUCCUGGCGGAGUCGCCAGUAGCCAGCUUACAAGCGCACGAACAACUCUGCGCGAAGGUUCCCGCAACUGCUCUAAGUGCUACACGGCGUGAGUCGUCCGGCCGACGCUCUCCUGGCGGAGUCGCCAGUAGCCAGCUUACAAGCGCACGAACAACUCUGCGCGAAGGUUCCCGCAACUGCUCUAAGGUAGAUAGUUGUAACGUUGAAUGUUGCUCCACAGUGCUACACGGCGUGAGUCGUCCGGCCGACGCUCUCCUGGCGGAGUCGCCAGUAGCCAGCUUACAAGCGCACGAACAACUCUGCGCGAACGUUCCCGCAACUGCUCUAAGUGCUACACGGCGUGAGUCGUCCGGCCGACGCUCUCCUGGCGGAGUCGCCAGUAGCCAGCUUACAAGCGCACGAACAACUCUGCGCGAAGGUUCCCGCAACUGCUCUAAGGUAGAUAGUUGUAACGUUGAAUGUUGCUCCACAGUGCUACACGGCGUGAGUCGUCCGGCCGACGCUCUCCUGGCGGAGUCGCCAGUAGCCAGCUUACAAGCGCACGAACAACUCUGCGCGAAGGUUCCCGCAACUGCUCUAAGUGCUACACGGCGUGAGUCGUCCGGCCGACGCUCUCCUGGCGGAGUCGCCAGUAGCCAGCUUACAAGCGCACGAACAACUCUGCGCGAAGGUUCCCGCAACUGCUCUAAGGUAGAUAGUUGUAACGUUGAAUGUUGCUCCACAGUGCUACACGGCGUGAGUCGCCCGGCCGACGCUCUCCUGGCGGAGUCGCCAGUAGCCAGCUUACAAGCGCACGAACAACUCUGCGCGAAGGUUCCCGCAACUGCUCUAAGUGCUACACGGCGUGAGUCGCCCGGCCGACGCUCUCCUGGCGGAGUCGCCAGUAGCCAGCUUACAAGCGCACGAACAACUCUGCGCGAAGGUUCCCGCCACUGCUCUAAGGUAGAUAGUUGUAACGUUGAAUGUUGCUCCACAGUGCUACACGGCGUGAGCCGCCCGGCCGACGCUCUCCUGGCGGAGUCGCCAGUAGCCAGCUUACAAGCGCACGAACAACUCUGCGCGAACGUUCCCGCCACUGCUCUAAGUGCUACACGGCGUGAGUCGCCCGGCCGACGCUCUCCUGGCGGAGUCGCCAGUAGCCAGCUUACAAGCGCACGAACAACUCUGCGCGAAGGUUCCCGCAACUGCUCUAAGGUAGAUAGUUGUAACGUUGAAUGUUGCUCCAAAGUGCUACACGGCGUGAGUCGCCCGGCCGACGCUCUCCUGGCGGAGUCGCCAGUAGCCAGCUUACAAGCGCACGAACAACUCUGCGCGAAGUGCUACACGGCUGCUACACGGCGUGAGUCGCCCGGCCGACGCUCUCCUGGCGGAGUCGCCAGUAGCCAGCUUACAAGCGCACGAACAACUCUGCGCGAAGGUUCCCGCAACUGCUCUAAGGUAGAUAGUUGUAACGUUGAAUGUUGCUCCACAGUGCUACACGGCGUGAGUCGCCCGGCCGACGCUCUCCUGGCGGAGUCGCCAGUAGCCAGCUUACAAGCGCACGAACAACUCUGCGCGAACGUUCCCGCCACUGCUCUAAGUGCUACACGGCGUGAGUCGCCCGGCCGACGCUCUCCUGGCGGAGUCGCCAGUAGCCAGCUUACAAGCGCACGAACAACUCUGCGCGAAGGUUCCCGCAACUGCUCUAAGGUAGAUAGUUGUAACGUUGAAUGUUGCUCCACAGUGCUACACGGCGUGAGUCGUCCGGCCGACGCUCUCCUGGCGGAGUCGCCAGUAGCCAGCUUACAAGCGCACGAACAACUCUGCGCGAAGGUUCCCGCAACUGCUCUAAGUGCUACACGGCGUGAGUCGUCCGGCCGACGCUCUCCUGGCGGAGUCGCCAGUAGCCAGCUUACAAGCGCACGAACAACUCUGCGCGAAGGUUCCCGCAACUGCUCUAAGGUAGAUAGUUGUAACGUUGAAUGUUGCUCCACAGUGCUACACGGCGUGAGUCGUCCGGCCGACGCUCUCCUGGCGGAGUCGCCAGUAGCCAGCUUACAAGCGCACGAACAACUCUGCGCGAAGGUUCCCGCAACUGCUCUAAGUGCUACACGGCGUGAGUCGUCCGGCCGACGCUCUCCUGGCGGAGUCGCCAGUAGCCAGCUUACAAGCGCACGAACAACUCUGCGCGAAGGUUCCCUCAACUGCUCUAAGGUAGAUAGUUGUAACGUUGAAUGUUGCUCCACAGUGCUACACGGCGUGAGUCGUCCGGCCGACGCUCUCCUGGCGGAGUCGCCAGUAGCCAGCUUACAAGCGCACGAACAACUCUGCGCGAACGUUCCCGCAACUGCUCUAAGUGCUACACGGCGUGAGUCGUCCGGCCGACGCUCUCCUGGCGGAGUCGCCAGUAGCCAGCUUACAAGCGCACGAACAACUCUGCGCGAAGGUUCCCGCAACUGCUCUAAGGUAGAUAGUUGUAACGUUGAAUGUUGCUCCAAAGUGCUACACGGCGUGAGUCGUCCGGCCGACGCUCUCCUGGCGGAGUCGCCAGUAGCCAGCUUACAAGCGCACGAACAACUCUGCGCGAAGGUUCCCGCCACUGCUCUAAGUGCUACACGGCGUGAGUCGUCCGGCCGACGCUCUCCUGGCGGAGUCGCCAGUAGCCAGCUUACAAGCGCACGAACAACUCUGCGCGAACGUUCCCGCAACUGCUCUAAGGUAGAUAGUUGUAACGUUGAAUGUUGCUCCACAGUGCUACACGGCGUGAGUCGCCCGGCCGACGCUCUCCUGGCGGAGUCGCCAGUAGCCAGCUUACAAGCGCACGAACAACUCUGCGCGAAGGUUCCUGCAAACGCUCUAAGAUCUGCUAUGGAACAGAGCAGUUCUUGUGUUCAAGACUUCAUCUGGAAGAAACGUAACUUCACGGGCUCGCUCGCCGACAUGACUCUUCUCACUUGGCUCUUGGGUCUGGGCGACCGUCACCUUCAAAAUAUCAUGUGCUCCCGCGCCGGCAUGGUGCGGGCUGUGGACUUCGGCGACGUGUGGCGCUGCUCUGAACUACCCGCCAGGCUUACAAGGAACCUGCUUGCAGUUUCAGAUAUUCAAGUACUAGAAGCACGUCUGCAGUCGUCGCUGUCAGCCAUGCGGGGCUCCGCCCUCCUGCUUGAGGCCGCCAUCCGCGUCGCUUUCCACUGGAUGGAGCCCGAGAUAGAAGACCAGAUGCGGCACGUUCGCGGCAUCCUCCGCGGCGAGGCGUCAUCGUACGACGUGUGUCGUGACGUCACAGGCCGCUCCCAACACAAAUACAAACAGAAAUAUAUACAGCUCUUGGAUCGCACGCUCGGAGACUCGCACAGGGACCUAUAUAGCGUCGAAGAACAAAUAUCCUGCUUGUUGCGGCACUGUACGUCGCCGGAGCUCCUGAGCGUUGUCCGCGCCGGCUGGGAGCCCUGGGUCUAAUCUUUACAUACGUUGGAGUCCUAAUGAGUCAG